UUAAAAGCUAGACGACAGAAGCUCUCAAACGUUGUGCGCCGAACACGCCCUGUAAAUUAGGUUGUUUAUAAUCUUCACAUUUUACAAGGCUUUGUUCUUUGUGUAGAAUGAACAUUAAAUUUUCAGUUAUAUUUCUUAGUAAUUAAAAUUGUGAAGUAAACUACAAUAACCGCACCUAAAAAAAAGGUUACCAAAUAAAUUAUUGAUAAUUAUUUGUUCUAUCUAAUAAACGUAUUAAAGUAUCAAUAAUGUAUAAAAUAAAAUAUAUUAUCAAUAUAUUUGAAUUUGUAUAUGCUCCUAGUUCCCAUCUGGGUACCUUUCCAUACUCCCAUCCAAUUCCACAUUCUUUCCUUCUAUAAUCUCAACCUUCUUUUCGAUCCCAUUAUAAAUAUACUUACUCCCAAUUACUUCAAACUCCACUGCAUAAUUCUCAUGCAAUUAACAACCACGAAGAAACCUUCAACUAGUUCAAGACGAAAGCAAGAAGAAGAAACAGAGAUGGCGAUGAAGGAGCAAUCAAAAACACCUCAACUUUGCAAAACGGGUUGCGGGUUUUUUGGGAACCCAAAUACCCGAAACCUCUGUUCUGUUUGCUUUAACAUUGAGCUCAAGAAGGAGACAUGUAAACAUACGGAUAGGAUUGUUGCUCAUGUGAAUAUAUUACCUGAUAAAAGCCCAUCCAACAACAAUCAUCAAAGUCUUAACAUCAUCAACACCAAGAACAGAUGCAGGGUCUGCAACAAACGGGUCGGGUUGAUAGGGUUUAGUUGUAGGUGUGGUCGGACUUUCUGUGGGUUGCAUCGGAUGCCGGAGGAACAUGCAUGUGAUUUUGACUUCAAAACCGCCGGCCGUGCGGUUUUGGAGGAACAAAACCCGGUUUGCGUUGCUGAUAAAUUGGAGAGUAGAGUUUAAGUUUUGUUUUUAGUGCAAUGGAGCCCCUAUACUAUUCUUCU